AUGAUCGGUCUCGACAUGCCACAUAAUGACGCCCUUGUCAUCAGCAUUCAAAUCGCUCAAGCCAUGGUCGACCGAAUCUAUGCAGACGAGGGCAGCACAGCCAAUAUCCUACAACUGGCGGUCAUCCAUCAGAUGGGCUUAGAGACAAAGAUCAACAAAUCAACAAGAUCACUAACCGGCUUUAAUGGUGCAACAACGGUUACCGUGGGCACGAUAGACCUCGAUGUCUACUCCCCACCCGUAGUCAGCUUGCAAACAUUCAUGGUCAUUGAUGAAGUCUUACCCUACAACGACAUUCUGGGCAGACCAUGGAUCGGUAAGAUCAACGCCAUCACCUCUGCCACACAUCAGAAAAUCCGGUACCCAAUCUCUGGGGGCGAAGUCCGCCAAAUCAACAGCGAUUAG